CGCAGCCCCUCUCCUGAAUUCAAAAUCAGAACAUUAACUCAUCUCAUCACUAACAAAUUUAAAAAAAAGAAUUCUUUUGGCUUUUGCUGCACUUCACCCUUUCACUAUGGCUUCCACUUCCCAUUUCACUAUUUUUGUUUCACUUCUUGUUCUAUUCUCCGUGCUUCACCCUGCCAUAGCCACAACAAGAAAACUUGCUGCUCUGAUUCAAGAACAGCCUCUCCUGCUUAACUACCACAAUGGCCCACUUCUUAAAGGCAACGUCACUGUUAAUCUAAUCUGGUAUGGCAAGUUCACUCCUACCCAGCGAUCCAUAAUCUUUGACUUUCUCAACUCUCUCAAUUGGCGUAAAGCUCCAUCUCCUUCAGUAUCGUCCUGGUGGGAAACUACCGGGAGGUACAGAGGAGGCCCAUGCACCGUUGUCCUGGGGAAUCAGGUCCUUGAUGAGAACUACUCUCUUGGAAAAUCACUCAAAACGCCACAGCUUGCAGCGUUGGCUUCCAAAGCUGGCUACGGUGAAAAUUCAGCCAAUUUCGUAUUUACCUCUGCUGAUGUGGCGAUUGAGGGAUUUUGCAUGAGUCGAUGUGGGACACAUGGAUCGGGUAAGGGCAAGACGGGGAAGUUUGCCUACGCCUGGGUAGGUAACUCGUUGAGUCAGUGCCCCGGUCAGUGCGCAUGGCCUUUCAACCAGCCCAUUUACGGACCACAAACCCCUCCUUUGGUCUCUCCAAAUGGCGAUGUUGGAAUCGACGGCAUGAUCAUUAAUUUGGCCACGGUUUUGGCGGGAACGGUGACGAAUCCUUUUAAUAACGGUUACUUUCAGGGGAGUGCCGAAGCCCCUCUGGAGGCAGUGAGCGCGUGCACGGGCAUUUUUGGGAAAGGAGCAUACUCGGGAUAUCCUGGGGAGGUUCUGGUGGACAAAAUCACAGGAGCUGGCUACAACGCAUUUGGUAUGAACGGGCGUAAGUAUCUGCUCCCUGCAAUGUGGGACCCGCAAACCUCAACGUGCAAAACCCUCGUGUAAAUAAAAUAAAAUAUUAUAUGUUAGAAAAGUAAUUGUCUGUAUGUAUUCUCUUUUUCUGAGAAUAAUAUUAUGUACUCGUGUAGAUACAAGCAUAGGCUACACUUUGGAGAGUCGUUUA